AAUAAAGUUCUUGAAUUGAUGAAUCAUCUUGCUCAUUGUUCACACAAGAUAAAGCAAAUUUCGCUAUAUUGGUGAUGAUGUUAAUUUCUUCAUAUGGUAUUGUCUUGUCUAUUCUUGCAAUCCUAGAAUUGAAGGGAAAGAUUUCUUUUUGGAGGAUUUUUUGGUCGGCAUUCGAAGAAAAUGAGGGAAGCAUGAUGUGUGACAACAACAACUUUGGCAUGCUUGAAGAACUCAACAAGUUGGACGCCGAGGAAGAAAAUGAGAUAGAGGAACUUUCUGACAUACCUUCGUGGACAAGCCAGCGCGGCGGAAAGGUUCUUGUCAAUGUUGAUAGCUUUGGUGCUGCAGGAGAUGGAGAAACCGAUGAUACUGAGGCUCUUCAAAAAGCAUGGGGAGUUGCUUGUUCUACAUCAAAAGCUGUUCUAUUGGUUCCACAAGGACGCCGUUACCUUGUUAACGCAACGAAAUUCAUAGGGCCUUGUAAGGACAAUUUAAUCAUCCAGAUUGAUGGAACAUUGGUUGCCCCGGAUGAUCCUAAGAGCUGGGAUCCAAAACUUCCACGCGUUUGGCUCGAUUUUUCUAAAUUGAACAAAGCUGUUUUCCAAGGCUCUGGAGUUAUCGACGGCUCAGGAAGUAAAUGGUGGGCAGCAUCUUGCAAAAAGAACAAGACUAAUCCUUGCAGAGGUGCACCGACGGCAUUUACCAUUGAUACAAGUUCAGGUAUAAAGGUGAAAGGACUAACUAUCCAGAACAGCCAACAGAUGCAUUUUACGAUCUCGCGAUGCGAUUCUGUUCGAAUUUUAGGAGUGAAAGUGUCUUCACCAGGAGACAGUCCAAACACUGACGGAAUUCAUAUUAGUGAAUCAACAAAUGUCAUUGUCCAAGACUGCAAAAUCGGAACAGGGGAUGAUUGCAUUUCAAUUGUGAAUGCCAGUUCUAAUAUCAAAAUGAAGAGAAUUUAUUGUGGACCAGGACAUGGAAUAAGCAUUGGAAGCCUUGGUAAAGACAACUCAACUGGUGUAGUCACAAAAGUGAUUUUGGAUACAGCAUUUAUAAAAGACACCACUAAUGGUGUCAGAAUUAAGACUUGGCAGGGAGGUGCCGGAUAUGUUCGAGGGGUACGCUUUCAGAAUGUGAGAGUCGAAAAUGUAUCAAACCCGAUUCUUAUAGAUCAAUUUUACUGUGAUUCACCAACAUCAUGUCAAAACCAGGAAUCAGCUUUGGAGAUAAGUGAGAUAAUGUACCAAAACAUAAGCGGGACUACAAAUAGUGCUAAGGCCAUUAAAUUUGAUUGUAGUGACAGUGUUCCAUGCAGCAAAUUAAUCCUUAGCAAUGUUGAUUUGGAGAAACAAGAUGGCACAGUUGAAACAUAUUGCCAUUCAGCUCAAGGAUUUGGAUAUGGUGUAGUUCAUCCUUCUGCUGAUUGCCUUAAUUCCAAUGACAAAACCUCUCAAGUUCAUGAAUCUCAAUCUAUUACUUCUCAAGAUGAUGAUGAUAUUCGUCACACGGAAUUAUAAUUGAAUGUCGUCUCUGUAAAAAUCGGAGAGUUAAGACGAAAAAAUAUACAAUAACCUUUUGAUUACAGUUUAAUACAUCAAAAGGGGGUGUAGCUAUUAUAGUGGUGGUAUGUUUGGGAUGAGGUCAGAGACAAAUUAAAAAGGAUAUGAUAUUGAAUAAUUAGGAAUUACAUUGAAGAUUAAGAAGAAGAAAAAAUAUAUCAAUUUUAGAAUAUUGAUUGGUAUAGAUUUUUAUUUUACUA